ACGGUGUGCAUGCACAUAGCAUGAAUUUGCACCUUUCACGUCUGGGAAAUUGGGACUUUCGAAGCAACCCAAGAAACGAAUUUUCCAUGUGGUUCUCUUUAAAAAUUUCAGCCCAUUAAAUUUGAAGCAUUGCUUUAAGUGGUCCUAAUUUCGUGUCAAAAUUAUUAUAUGUUGCAAUAUGCACGCAUUCAAUAGUAUGAAUCUGCAGCUUACGCGUUGGGAAAUUGGGCCUCUUUAGUGAACUCCUUUCUAAAUUUAAGUGAUGUUUCGGGGAAAUUACUUCCAUCUUUGAAUUCAUUUCCCCUGCAUUUUAACACUUCAGCGAUGGGAGAAAUCAGGGAAAAGUUCUGCUUAAGCCUGUUUUUUGUUUCUAUAAUGUUUAUUCAACUGAAAAGUUAUGGUGUCGUAGUCGAGGGUAGAGAUAUUCUUUCCUUGGGCGCCUCCAUUACUGGAAAUCAGACACUAAUCUCAAAGAAUGGCACAUUUGAAUUGGGGUUCUUCAGUCCGAAUGGAACCAAUAACUGGUAUAUCGGCAUCUGGUAUGCCAAUAUCCCAGAGAAGACGAUUGUUUGGGUGGCUAACAGGGAGACUCCUGCGAGAAACAGAUGUGGCGUUUUGAAGCUGUCAGAAGAAGGUGAUCUGGGACUGUUCGACGCAACGGGUGCAUCUCUUUGGUCGGUGAAUGUGACCAAGAAGCCUUCCCAGGCUUUGAUAUUAGAUUCUGGUAAUUUUGUAAUGCUCAGUAAUGACAAUAAAUCUGAAACUGUUUGGCAGAGUUUCGACUAUCCUGUUGACACGUUUUUGCCAGGUAUGAGGUUCGGUGGACAGCAAAAGCUAGUCUCUUGGAGAAGUUCAUUGGAUCCUGCUCCUGGGUUUUUUAUCUAUCAGGUGGAUCCAUCUGGGGCCAAACAAUUAGUACUAACAUGGAACAAUUCUGUACAGUAUUGGGCAAGUGGAAUAUGGGACGGCAAUGUUUUCAGUCAAACUCCAGAAAUGUCAAACAAUGCCUUAUACAAUAUCAGCGUUGAAACUACCAACUCUGGUUUCUAUUUCACAUAUACAUCGAUAGCUAUCAAGAAUGUGCUCUCACGUUCCGUCCUAGAUAAGUCUGGAGGAAUGCAAUUAUAUGCUCUGCCUGAUGACGCUAAAUGGACCCUCCUCUGGUCUCAACCGAGAGAUCAAUGUGCCGUAUAUGGUUUGUGCGGCGCUUACGGAAUCUGCAACUACAACAAUCUUCAGUUGUGCAGCUGCGUGGAAGGCUUCACUCCCAAAGACACUCAAGCCUGGUAUUCGCGAGACUCGUGGUCAAGUGGCUGUGUUCGACAGAGCCCGUUAAACUGCGGUGCCGAAAAUGGCAGCAGCGACGGAUUCCUGGAGCUCAGUGUCACGUUUCCUGACGCUUAUUCCGCUUCCUCAUACCCUGUAACCACAAAGGAAGAUUGCCAGAAAGUCUGCCUCCUCAACUGCUCGUGCACUGCAUUUACUUUCAAUCCAUCUUCAGAACUCUGCCAAAUCUGGUACGGACCUUUGUUAAAUAUGCAUAGGUCUCUUCCUUUGUUAAAUAUGCAUAGGUCUCUUCCAGCAAAAAGCAAUUCAAAUGUUUUUAUUCGAGUAUCUGCCUCGGCACCUCCGAAGACUAAGAAAUCCUCCUGCUUCAAAAACGUAACCACAAUUAUUGUUGGUGCUCUCGCCGUUGCAUUGGGUAUCUUUUUUAUUAUAAUGUGGCAGAGGCAUCGGCAGACGCUUCAGCUACGAUCGAUGGAGAGGCUUGCCGAUCCCUCCUACUCUUUUCUUAGAAUGUUUAGCUACAUGGAGUUGAAGAUUGCAACUAGGAAUUUCAGGUCUAAGCUGGGGAGCGGAGGAUUCGGCACGGUGUUCAAAGGAUACCUAAUAGACGGUACACUUGUCGCCGUAAAGAAGAUGGAGGGUUCAAGACAAGAUGAGAAACAAUUCCGAGCAGAAAUCAGUUCUCUUGGAGAAAUACAACAUAAGAAUUUGGUCAGGCUUCGAGGGUUUUGCGCAGAAGGAUCCAGAAGGGUUCUGAUUUAUGAUUACAUGCCCAACGGCUCUCUGAAUUCCUUGCUCUUCUCAAGUAAUUCUAAAGGUAUACAGAAGGUACUCGACUGGAAGAACCGAUUUGAGAUCGCGUUAGGCACCGCAAGAGGAUUACUUUAUCUCCACGAAGAAUGCAGAGAUUGCAUCAUUCACUGCGAUGUGAAGCCAGAAAAUAUUCUUCUGGACAAUAACUUUUCACCCAAGUUGGCCGACUUCGGGUUGGCAAAGCUUUUGGGUAGAGAUUUCAGCCGCGUCCUGACAACAACGAGAGGAACGAGAGGGUAUUUGGCUCCAGAGUGGAUCUCCGGUCUUCCCAUCACUCCCAAGGUUGAUGUAUACAGUUUUGGUAUGACUCUCCUGGAAAUCAUUUCCGGGCGAAGGAAUUUUGAUUUAACUGUGCAAGAUUCCAGUCAGUACUACUUUCCAGCCUGGACUGCAGCACAAAUUUAUAAUGGGAACAUGAUUCAUAUUGUGCAGGAGGGUAUUGCAGAGGAGAGAGAUAUUGAAGAGGUGAGAAGAGCAACUAUUGUAGGGUUGUUAUGCAUUGAAAAGGAUGAGGAGGUGAGGCCAAGCAUGGGGCAAAUGGUCCUAAUGCUGGAAGGGAAGAUGCAGCCUCAAAUUCCACAGAUCCAGCGCUCUGCGCUUAUGGACAAGCAAGGAGACCGAAGCGACACUGACAGCGGUAGUGAGAGCUGAUGUUAUUAUAUGAUACAAUAGUGUAAGCGGGGCACAUUCUGGAGGUAGGUUUUUAAAGCUUAAACGUUAGUUAACAUGUAGAUGUAAAUUUAAUAAUAAUUAAUAUGUUUAUUUUGGUAGUGGGCCACAUUAUUAAAGUUACUUUAGUGUAUGGUUUUUAAGUUUUU